UGCAUUAUUUAUUUUGCUAUUGUUUGCUAUUCUUUGAUAUUGUAUUUUCAUUUUGAUUCAUUAUAUUAUAUUUUAUUUAGUUUGCAUUUUAGUAUACUGUUUUAUUGUGUAUUUAGGGAUUGAAUUGUUUACUGACCAGAGAGUCCAAAGUGCUAUGAGGUGGAAUAGAAAUGUAAAUAGAAAUGAAACGAAAUGGAAACAGGAUCAGGGACCCCUGACAUCACCCAGACCUCUAUGGCAAUGUGACCUUCGGCUAGACUAGCCUGUUUUUGAGGCUUUGUAGCUCCAAAACUUGCCCAUAAUAGAACCCAAGUGUGGAGGGCAUGCUGUUUGUCUCAGAAGCUGGGGCUUAUGGUCAGUAUUUUUUCAGUGAGGAACCUGUAAUCAUUGCUACAUCAGCUAACCAACUUCCUACCUCCUUUUCUUAGUAUUUUCAUUUUGAAGAGAUUAUUGGGGAAAGAUGAGGGGAUUUAUUGAGGGGCUAAUCCCAUUUUUGAAAUACAUUUAUUUUGCAGUUGAUAGUGCUAUGUGUGGUUUGUGCCAUUUAUGUUGGGGAAGUUCCAAAAGUAAAUGUGAACGGACCCUAUAUAUGGCUCUUGAUACCAAGACAGCAUUACAUUUAAUGGUAUGAAGACUGUGUGGAACUAUAGGAGAUGAGAUUUUCUCUUGAUUCAGCCAAAUCCCUGGCUAUCCUAUGUGUGUAUGAAUGUAUUUAAACUAUCAUACUUUAUCUUUGUGCUGUUUGUAUCCUAUUUGGCUGAUGUGUAUGGUACCCUUCCACCACCAUCACCCUCUACAAAUGUGGGAUUACAACUUGCAUUAUCCCCGCCCAGCACAGCCAGUGUACAUAAUACAGUUGAGUGUCUAAUUGUCAGAGUGCAUUUAAUAUUCUUCUUACCCUAGAAUAAAUCAUACUGCUUUAAAUUGUAAUAAACUGCAGCUCAAUUUACUCCAGCUUCCCAGGAUUGUUGUACACUUUCUUUGCUUCUCUAAUACUGUACUGCCAUGCUGAUCUUUCAGUUCUUGUAUGCAGAAUGUGUAGAGGUAUAUUCCAAGCUGAGUCCAAAAUGCUUCUAGACAAGGAUUUUUAUGGUUACAUUGCCCUGCGUCAUUCAUGAAAUGUUAUGUAAUCAUAGCAUCAUUUCCAGUUAUCAUAGUUUUCAAUUCAUAACCAUCCUGUGUUUUCCCAUGAGUUUUUCUAUUUGUUAUAUCAGGUUAAGUUGUUGAGAAAGAAAAGAUAGAAUGCCUACACAAUGCCUUCUGAUUCUUAGGGCUAGGCCCCCUCUGUCUAGAAGCACCCAAAGUCAAGUCUCUUUUCAGCAGUUAAAAUUAUGCAUUUAUGUUGUCCUUUGUUUUUCUGGUAGAAACUGUUUUAUUUUCCAUUACCAAAAACAAAAAAACAGGGAAAAAAACCCUCUUGUCAUGCAUGAUUGAAACCCACAUGGCCAUGAUAACAACACCCACUUUAAUUAUUGAUAUUCAGCGAAUUGGUUUCUUUGAUGGAGGAGGAUUAUGUGAUAUUUUAGAUUUGAAUGGGCCAGUCUGUGCUUGCUUUGGCAUUUUAACUUCUUCAAACUGCAAGGUGAUUCUACUGUCUUUGAGGUUUUCCUUCCUGUUGUCCAGUGGUUUCAGAUUUAUUAAUUCAGUAAACCUACAGCUCAGAAUGACAAGAUGCUGAAUUAAACAUUGUGACUGUCUUUGUCUUGGGCCAAGGCCAGACAUGCUUCCUACUGUCUUGUUUUUAGAAAACCAUUUUGAGUCAUUUGUAUAUAAAAAUCACAUGCUUGCUACUCCUGCACACCACUUGGGUUGCUGGAAAUAAAACUGUCAAGACUGUAAUUGAAAAGAGGGUUAAUCAUGUACAUCUCUUGCUCUCCAAAGUGAGAAACCAUUUCUGCCAAAUUAGUUGACAGAUGCCUCAUCAACUAUUUGCUUCCAAUGAGCUUGGCAUUCUUGACUUCCAGUCAGGUUCUUGACCAGGUGUUAAUCAGAAUGGAAGAACAGAAGCUGUUGCAACUGACCUGCACCUGCCAAUGGAACAAAACAAGGAGAAUGUUGUGGCACUCCUACCUGGGAGGAUCUCUGCAUACAGUUGCCAGUGAAGUGAUGAAAAAGAGUGUGGAGUCAUUUGUCCUUGCAGUGGUACUGAACCGUGUUACAGAAAAAAUACAUAGUUGAAAAGGGAGAGAGCUUAAACAACAACACUUUGAGCAGAGAAUCAGAAAUCCAAACUAUGGCAAACCCUUAUUUGGUGUGGAACUGAACAUUGCAAGCAUUACAUCAACAAAUACAUGGUUCCAGUAUUAUCCCUUAUAAUGUUGAUGGAUUUGGGGUAUUGGCAGAGAAAAAGAGAUUCCUUAAAUUCUCAGCUGCCAGUCUUUAAAAGUGCCUCAUCGUUCUCUCAUAUCCCUUUUAAAAGCACUGAUGGAGCCACCCAUGGGUGCUCCUGUACAGCUACUGACAGUGUUCCUGGUAUCAAGACUGAGUACUAUCUUGGCUUCCAUAUUGGAGGGUGAAAUUAGAGACACCCCCCCCCAUCUCAUCCCCUGCCUUCCACCGCAGUUUCAAGGACACUCAUGGUACCAUCCCCAGUUCAUCCAGAUCCAUCUGAUACUGAGAGCUGCAGAGAAUGCUCACACUCCCUGUCCCAGAUUGGGAUGGGCAGUCUCACCAGUACCACAAGACACUGGGGCUUCUUUGACACACUGGGUCUGUACCAUCAGGGACCCACAUAUGAUCCCUGGUACAGGCUGGUUUUCUACCCGAAUAUUUUCAGGGAGUGUGAAUGUGUUGUUGAGCCUUCCACACUUCACCCACCCAUGCUGUCCUGGCCAGAGGUUCCUCCUUGAGAGUCCCAUUGCCUGUUGGAAUUGCCUACCCCUCCUGCCCCAGUCCACCAAUCAAAUUCUCCCACACUACCCCUCCUGCCCCAGUCCACCAAUCAAAUUCUCCCACACUACCUCUCUCUCCUUUUCCCUCAUGAAUGUCAAGGACUACAGGUCUGAUAAGGACUCUUCACCAUCUGUCCACCCUAGGUCAUCUUCCCCAGAUGCUGCUCUGAAUACUGCAGAUCCUGAUUCACCAUCAACGGACCUGGGCACAUUUGCCAAACAAAUCCAACUGAUGGCCUCGGCCCUCUGAAUCUGGACACAGCUUUCCCUGACACAAAUACAGAUGGCCAAACAGGGAUCACCAGCACCAUCUUCCACUUCCUUAUCUCAUAUGGACUACGCCACUAGGAAGUCAUACCAAGCAAAGUGGAAUACUUUUUCAACAUAUGUAGGUACUCAGAACUUUGAUCCCAAAAUCUGCAUGGUGCAGCAAAUCCUUCUCAACCUUGUCUCCCUUUAUCAGCGUGGCUGGAAGGAAUCAUUCAUUAGAGUGCACAUAGCAGCCAUUUCUGCAUUCCACAAUGGGAACCAGGGCUCAUUGUUUUUUUUCACACCUGCUAAAUAAAUGGUUCCUGAAGGGUUUAAAAACUGCCUUGCCACCAUACUACACACUCUGGCAAGAAAACCAUGAGCCCCUGGUGAUGGCCAACCUCCAUUUACUGUCAUGGAAAGUGGCAUUCUUGGUGGCCAUUACAUCCACUCAAUGAUCCAGCAAACUUCAUGCUCUACAAAUAGAUCCUCUAUACCUUGUCUUUCAUCAUGCAGACUUGUACUUUGUCCAGACCCCUCUUUUUUAUGCAAAGUUGUAUCUCAUUUUCAUUUGAAUCAGGAUGUUAUUUUACUGGCUUUUUUCUCCAUCCCCAUCCAGCUUGGUGGAGUCUACUCUUCAUACCCUGGACGUGCAUAGAGCACUGGUGUUCUACCGUUCCAGAACUGAGUUCUUCUGUCAAUCCCCCAAACUUUUUGUUUCCUAUGCAGGCAAGACAAAGGGUCAGCCCCUUUCGCCUCAGAGACUAUUGGCUGGCUUAUGAGCUAGCGGGACUGCAAUUCCUGGUGCCAACUAAAGAACACUCAACCCAACUGAUGGCAACUUCAACAGCACUGCAUACAGGGAAGAAAAAUCUGAGGACCAAGACUUACAGGGCCUAAAGGACAAGUCCCCCAAACUCAAAAAAGUCAAGAAGGAUCGGAAAGAGGAAAAGCAACAUGAGCAUGCACAUCCUUCUGUUGAACCAGCUGAAGCUGGCAAGGCAGAGAUGUCAGAAGGAGCUGGGACUGCUCCAGCUGUGCCUGAAGCCUCUGCCUCUCCCAAACAGCGCCGUUCUGUUAUCCGAGAUCGUGGGCCUAUGUAUGAUGACCCUACUUUGCCUGAGGGCUGGACCCGUAAGCUCAAGCAAAGGAAGUCUGGUCGUUCAGCAGGGAAGUACGAUGUCUACCUUAUCAAUCCCCAGGGCAAGGCCUUCCGUUCCAAAGUUGAGCUCAUCGCCUACUUUGAAAAGGUGGGGGACACAUCUCUGGAUCCUAAUGAUUUUGAUUUCACGGUAACUGGACGUGGGAGCCCCUCACGGCGGGAACAAAAGCCUCCCAAGAAACCCAAAGCCCCUAAAACUGCUGGCACAGGUCGUGGACGGGGACGGCCUAAAGGCAGUGGCUCUGCCAAACCCAGAGGAACUGCCUCAGAAGGUGUGCAGGUGAAGCGGGUGAUUGAAAAGAGUUCAGGAAAGCUGCUGGUCAAGAUGCCUUUGCAGUCCUCUCCCACUGGAGCAAAGGCAGAAAGCGCAGGUGGGGCCACCACCUCAUCGCAGGUCAUGGUUAUCAAGCGUCCUGGUCGCAAGAGAAAAACUGAAUCAGACCCCCAGGCUGUACCCAAGAAACGGGGGCGUAAACCAGGCAGUGGAGCAGCAGCUGCAAUUGCCGAAGCCAAAAAGAAAGCAGUCAAGGAGCCUGUCAUCCAGGCUGUCCGGGAGACUGUACUGCCCAUCAAGAAACGCAAGACACGUGAAACAGUAAGCCUAGAGAUAGCCAAGCCAACCCCACCUCUCCCAAGCAACACAGGUGAAUGGAGCCCCAAGGGACAGCGGACGGCUGCCAAGAGCCCAGGACGCCGCAGCAAAGAAAGCAGUCCUAAAGGACGAGGGGGCAAUGCAGUGUCAACCUCGGCCCCUUCCUCCUCCCCUGGCAAGAAGGAUCAGCAUCACCCACUCCAUCAGUCACCUUCAGAGCCCCAGGGCAGUUCCCCUGCUCAGUCCCCUGAAAGCCCCAAGGACAACAAGAACCUUCCAGCUGAACCCCAGGACUUGAGUAGCAAGAGCUGUAAAGAGGAGAAGGCUCCAGAAAGUGAUGGCUGCGCCAAAGAGCCACCUAAGACUCAGCCUGGCGGCACAGCUGUGCCCUACAAACAUGAGCGCAAAGACACUGUGUCGUCCUCCGCGGCCUUGCCCCGGCCUGCAAACAGGGAUGAGGCCGUGGACACCAGGACACCUGUGUCAGAGCGGGUCAGCUGACUUUGAGGGGGGUGAGUGAGCAAGUGAGCACCAGAGGAAACAAAGAGAGGGACAGGCACUCCCAGCCCCACACAUCCAGAUGAGACUCCAGGCAGCUGCCGGGUAGGACUCCCUUUCCCCCCAAUGCCCCGGCUUUCAAUCAUUUAGCUUCCCCCAAACUAUUCUUCCUCUGUUCCCCUUCUUCCCCCAUUUUUAAUACAAGCACAGUGUGGGGUGCAGAGACAUGCCUCCUAGGGCUGGAAGCCACUUUGCACUUUUUCUACAGAAUGGGGGCACCCUCUUCUCUCCUCCACCCCCCUGCGCCCCAGCCCUGUCUGCCAUGCUUUGCUGCAUAUACUACUGACAAGGCGAGCUGUUUGGCAGGGGAGGAGCAGCGCCUAACUCUGGACUGUUGUCCUGAUCCUGCUUGCCCUCCACAUUAAAGAGGCUCCAUGGACAGACUGGGUGGGAGGGGCACAUCUGUAUUCCACUCCACCUCCCUUGUGCCAUGUAAUGUAGUUGUCCAGUCUUAGUUGGAGUUCUGUAGUUUUUGGUAGGAUGUGUGUACACAUAAGAGAGAAAGAAAUGGGUCUGUGGUGCACUGGGGAAUUGAUAUCCCCCCAUCUGCUAGAUAGACCAGCAAUUAGGAAGGAUAUCCUCUCCACCAAGGACAGUUCUGCUGCUAAGAGACCACUGGGAUACUGGGGGCAGCUUUAUAAGAAUGUCCUCCUUUCCUAUGUCUAUCCUGAAAGGAGGGGACUCUGAUUUUGUUAAAGCAAUCUUGAGUGUGCUGAAGUGUGUGUGUGUGCGUGUGCGUGUGUGUGUGUGUGUGCGCGCGCGCUUGUCACAUGCUAGGAGUUCAAAUGAGAAGUUCUUCCAGUUCUUGUCAAUGAUGUUAGCUUAGGGAACUGUUUGCACUAAUGGAGGCCUAUGCUCACCUCUUGAGGAGGCAAUGGCUUGAAAGAUGUAUGGAGUGUGCCUGUGUGUAUUUGGGGUGGGGCAUUGUGACUGAAUGCUGGCUCACCUCCCCACCUUAAUUCUGGGGCAGGAAGGUAGCUGAAUGUUUAUAAAACUACCUGUACAUCUGUGCUGGGAUUGGUACGUGGCAAAGGCUGAACUGAAAAACCUAGUAUUUCAUUACUUCAGUGGACUUCCUUGUGGCUGGCAACCAUGCUCUUCCUCUCCUCUCUUCCCAGGAAAGCAGGGCUCAGCAGAAGUGUAGCGUAUAUUGGGGAUAGAGUUUUAUCUCAAACAGAAGUUUCCGUUGCUUCUUUUUUUUACAAUUCUGAAUACAGAAAACUACCGGAUCUAGUGGGGAAAUAGGAGCACUGGUUAUCCUAGUUGGCUUGUUUUUCUUUUUAACUGUUUAUGUAGCACAGACAAAAUUUGUGUCCCUCAUCUGUUGUAGUAGUAAAUACUCUGGUAACAAAAUGUUGGAGCAUGGGUCCAAUGCUGCAGAAUCAACAAUCUUCACACUUUGUCAUAGUGUGGAAGAAUUAAAAUAAGCAACUUUAAGGUAGUCACAGGAUAAAUAAGCAGCUUUAAAAUAGCCUCAGAAGGCUCCACUUUUGAUCAGACCACAGUGCUGAGGAAGGCUGUUUUCCAAGUCUAAAAACCAACACAAAGUGGUUGUUGGUCCCUCUGUGGGGAAAAUACAGGUAUCUGUAUAGCACCUGUUUCUCCCCUAGUAUAGAAGCGUGUGUGGAGGGAAGAUUUAGUUCAGGCAAAUGGGGGCGGGAGUAUCAAACGUUGCUUCUCUCACUGCCACUGUUCUGAUCAAAAAAUUGGAGUCCUGUACAGCUACCAUAAAGUUAAUAAAAUAAAAUGUUGAGCUAUCUCAUCAUGGAUAUCUGGACUCAUGUCUGUUUUGGCCCUCAGAGAGAAGAUACCUUGCUGUAGAGGCAACCUUUCCCCCACCAUCGGAGUAGCAGUCCUUCUAUGUGUAUCGCAGCCAAAAGACACAUUUUACUUGCAGUUAUUAAUCAAGGGUAAAGAACAAUGCACUGAUCAUACUAGAAAGAUUCCAGUUUCACUAUGGAAAAACUGAUGAGGUUUAGGACCUUCCUUCAUUGUGCAAGCUCCUCAAUUUUGCUUGUUUUCUUGCCCUGUAGUUAAAGCCAAUUUUCUGCUCUCCUCUUAAUAGUACGUUGUACAGUGGUUUGCAGAAAGGCUGGGGCUGGAUUUUAAUACUUUGUUCACCAAGGAUAAAAUCAGUAUCUCCUACUUGACUGCACUCAAGUUUGGGCUCAAGCCUGUUGCCUGUGGUGGACUCUGGAAUACAUCUCUUCUGACCCAACUCCAAAGUAUAGCUGAUCCAAAAAACGGUACAUCAUUUAUUUGAAACAAGGUGGUUGUCUUGAAAUAUCUGCUGUGAAAACAAAGCAAAAAUGUAAAGAAGUGUUCAGCUGAAAGAAAGAAAAACUGUGGUAAGGGAAGCAUUGACUUUGUAGUAAUUAAAAAAAACCUUCAAAGGGCUUUUCACGUUGAAAAAAGGCACAGAUUUCACAUGGAGAGGGAGAAAGUUAACGAUUUUGUACAAAGUUAUGGGAAACCUGAGAUGCAGAAAAUAUCCCUUUGGUCUCAAGUUGCAUUUGGAGAUGUUUUAACAUGCCUCUGACAGAAUUAUUGUCCUCCUUGCUCUCCAAGGCUCUGACUUCCAAGUCUUCAUGGACAACCAGUCCUCAUUUAUUAAUUCUCUUUUGCUUAUUAGGGAGCUUUAGUAGACUGGGAGCAGAACUUUGCACGUCAGUCCAUGCUAGGGGCACUUCUAUGACCUUUUCUUACUCUAAACAUACAUGCAUAUGUAUGUGAAAAUUGCAUAUGUGUUAACUGUGAUAAUCAUAUUUGGAAUCUGCAGUGCACUGCCAUUUCAAAUGUGUAAUUGUAGCUAAAGAAGAAGCUUGUAUAGUUUUCACAAUUAAGAAUGUUUCCACAGGAAAGGAUUAUGGCUGAGUUGGCACUGCCAUCCAGAAAGACAGUGCAACAUCAGAGCUAAAAGAAGGGCAGAAGAAAAAUAGUGGUGGCAGGAAUCUUUCCCAUCUCAGAACUGACCUCAGAAAUUACAGUUAGCUUGACUGAUGACUGAAAGCCAAACUAGAUGUAUUAGUAGCAAAUGUUAAUACAAUGUAUUAGCAUUGUUUCUGUUAAACAGGCCUGUAAAGUAGGAUAAAGCAGAAGGAAUGCAAAGAUGAUGUGCAUGUGCUAAACUUUGACCAUUUCUGAGAUUUGGUCUUACAGUUGGUCUCUCACGUGUACGUAUACACACACACUGUUCUCCUCAGCUCUAAUACCAGCUCAGCUCUGAUAUCAAAAGCCAGAUCAGAUGAGCAGGAAGGUCCCUGUGCGGAGGUAUGCAGACAUUGGGAUAGUUCAGCUUGCUUUAUCUACAUGUAGCUCUUGCUUUAACACAUGGAUCUGCACAUUUUCUUUUAUACAUGAUUGGAGCAAUCAUGUUUAAAGAAACAUGUGCUACCAGCAUGCCAUUUCAGCUCUGAGUGUGUCUUUGUUCUAAACUUCCAUCAUGCGCAGGGCAGCUUUGUAUUCCACUACCUUUCUAGGAUACCUUUCAUAACAGUUGAUCUUAGGCUACAAAUGGAGAUCUAAUUUUUCAGGAAGCAGAUUCAACAUUCAAACUUUUGAGGUAUCAUGCCUUGCUAUUUUACCUAUAGGCAGAUAUUCUGUAGGCUGUCACUGGGAUUCAGUGUUGAUAUGAUUUGGUCUUGAACAGAUCUCCUUAGGUUUUCCUAGCUAUUUGGCAGCGAAGAUUUAGAUAAUGUGGCUUCUGUUAUAAUAAGCACACUGGCUUCAAUUCUCAGUCUCUUCCUGCCAUGGAGUUUGGAAAAGGUACAAGUGCCUACUUUACAUCAGAAAUUGAUAACCCUUUUCUAUGCCCUCCCCCCAUUUUCCUCUUGAUGCCCAAAAGCAAUGCUGAGGGAGCCAAAGUCCCUCCCUUUUUCUUUCUAUUUUUAAUGUUUUCAUAGGGAGAAUGAUGCACUUCAGAGCCAAGAUAGAAACUGUUAUUUCACAUUUUCCUCCUGGCUGGAUGGAAAAUGGAGCUUUAGGCCCAUUGCCCACUGCAUAGUUCUGGGAGCAUCUUGGAGAACAGCCUUAGGAAGGGGAUGAAGUUUUGUAUAUAACUGAGGAACCUGUAUUAAAGCUACAAAACUCAGCUCCAUUUAUACAUACACAUUUCAAAGCAAUCUUCCAUGUGUGACCAAAUUGAGAUAGGGUGUCUGUAGAUCCUAAACAUAACCACGGAAAUGUGCAGAGUCAUAAAUCAUGUCAGAGAUUCCAAAUUAGAGCAAUACUCACACUUUAGCAGAUCCCCACAUUGAACCACUUCCUCUGAACAACCAUGAUGAAAAGUGAAGAGCCUGCAGAACGAUGGGGUAACCUGAUCCCAUGCAUGUCUACAUUCCAGACAGGUGAAAGGAUGGUAUCUUCACACAAUUUUCUCCUCUGUGGUAUGAUGUAGGGAUGUAAAAUAAAGAGGGAUAGACAGCUUGUCAGUAACAAUGGGCCAAACUCUAUGUCUGGUGGCAGGCCUAGAUUUCUUCCACAGUGACCUGUGAAGGCCAGUUUUUCACUGAAGAAGCAGCAAGCAAAAUUUUAAUCCUGGCCUGUCUCCUUUUACCAUUCUCCCUCCCUCCACUUCUUUGCCGCAGUUAACACCUUUCCCACUCCACUUUACAGCUGCUUGCAGACUUGGGUCUUCCACCAAAACUUUAUUCAGUCUAACAAAAAGGGAUUGAUGAAUUGCAGUAGGAGGUCAAAGCGUGUGUGAAGUAAGUCCUGAUCCCUCCCCACCCCCACAACUGAUGUAAUGUUCUGCUGGAGCUAGCUGCUUCUCAGUGGAAGUUGCACUGGUAAUAGUGUGACAUUCUGUCUGCUUACAGGGAUACAGAGUUGUAUCUCCGAAAUGAACUUCACCCAUGUUCUCAGCUCUGCCCAUUUCUGCCCAGCUCAGCCUCAAAGGCAAAUGCAGAUAGUGCCUGGUGUUUGAGAGACUGCAAGAGGUUUCUACCUUGUUAGCAUUGUGAACCACCCUAUGUUUCUGUGUCAAGUAAAACAAACUUCUUGUCAGUUCAAUUAUUAUCCAAUAAUGUGUAGAGUUUAACAUUAGGCCUAACUCUUUUGUUUGGGGAUUUAAUUUCUAUUGUGUGUGCGUGCGUGCGCACAGUUUUUUUAAGGCACCAAGAAAAAUGGUCAAAUUUUAUAUAUCUGUAUAUUGCAUUAUAAAUGAGGGGGUUGCUUUUUUUCUGCUUGUUCUGCCACUACCAAACAAGAACAACAGACCAACAAGCAAGGAAUGACACGGUCUGUUGAGAAUUUAUUAUAUGUUGCAUUUUGACCAUGAUUCCUGGUGUUCAGUAUCAUAGGACAAGGGGAAAUAAAACAGACCCAUCAAACCUGCCUGCCAGUCAUUUUUUUCCAUGACAGUUGCACUGCCUUUUCGUUCUGGAUGUGUUAUGUAACUUUUUGAAGUGGUUUCCUCUUUUUUUUCCAUGAGGGGAAAGCCAACCAGUUGGUUGGAUAUAGCCAACAUUUUAAUAUUUUGCACUCAAUCAACUUGUGGGGCAGGGCACUUCUUUGAGUUUAGGAUGGUGAAGGUGGGAGGGCAUGAAGGGUUUGGUACAGUUUUGACUCAGACUAGCUUCCAUUAAAAACUAUAACUGAUUGAACUCGAAUCUUACACAUGCUUUUAGCAUGAUUUAGCUCUAUCAUUUAUGGCCACUUUGGUAGUAAGACAAUUUUGCCUGGUAAUGUCGCUGUUUGAAAACUCCUUUUGAUUCGGAAGUGAACCUCUUUACUGCUCUUUUAUAACUGUUCUCUUCCUCACAGCAAAGUUCUUUCUGACAUUUUCCUUUAGAGUGCCUCAUAGUUUUCAGAGCUAGUCUGUGUCCUACCACUCCUUUUUACUUGUGUGCCUUGCAUGCCAGCUGGCAUAAAAUGGCAGCACUCCACAAUAAGUGUGUCUCCUACCAGCUGAAAACUUGACCCUCACCCCGCUUCCCUUCACCCCACAUGUUUAGCACAAGUCUAGAUCUAAUUUCCAAAGACAUCAUAACUUCUGUCUUUCAUGUUGCACUUUUAUGGGUCAUUCUCCUUAUCUUGCAUGCAGAGAUGGUUCCAGAAAAAAUAGGGUAAGCAAAAAAGCAAGGUAGGUUUGUGUGGGUGAGGGCUGAUUGAGCUUUGUGUCUCAUAUUACAAUGUUUCAAAAUAGAAACAAGUUCCACACUAUAUUUUUUAAUUCAGACAGGGUUAAGCAGGCACUUCAGGUGGAAAUUUGCCCUUCCUCCUCCUCCUGACACUGCCUGUAUUCACAAGAAUGAUUGUCUGGGGUUUUGAUUUGCUUCAUAUUAAAAAUGUUAUAUGAAGUCUAACAUUUCCAAGUGCUGGAAGCAUCCAUGACAACAGGGCCCUACUAGCAUUGAACAGAUUAAAGGCUGAUGUGUUUGGAAGUAGAUCUUCAAGGGUAAGCUUGCUAGCAAUUAACUAUCACAUCCUCACCAUAUCCCAUAAGGGAUCAUUAGGGAGAGCGAACUGUUUUGACAGUUUGCUCUCUGCCAGCUUUCACCUGCAAGAUGCCAAAAUCAGCAAUACACGCUCGGAAGUUAGCAGCUUAAAUUUGCCGUUCUUCCAAAAGCAAAGAUAACUAGACCGAGCGCAAAAUACACUUCUGGGGGUGGCGAGGAAGUGUAACUAUAUUCUUCCUAACUGAGGUGGGGAGAGAUGACUUCCUAUUCUGUAGAUCAACUUGCACAGGCUUUUCUUCCAGUCAUGGGCCUGGAAUUUCUUUCCCAAGCCAUGCAGAUGGGCAGUGCUUAUUGCAGUUGUGUGUUUCUCUGCAUGAGGAGUAGGUAGAUGAAUUGGGAAUUUUUAUCACUUUUGCUUUUUCCUUUAUGAGUGCAAAAACAAAUACCUGACAAAGCCCUUCCUCCUUUUAUUGUAUGGGGGGAGGAAUGGGGGCACUCUCUUCCCCUGCUUCCAUGAGUCAACAUGUUGCUAACAACAAACCAACUUCCUUCUGCUUCACAACUCAGUAGUGAUCACCAUAUGACCAAAUAUUACAAGGACUGUUAUUAAAUGUAUGCUGAGUGCUCGCUACCCUGUACAGCUCCUAAUCCUCACAUAGCCAACUCUUUCUUGCGCGCACGCCAGUGGUGUUCCUUUCUCUUUCCGACUUCUACUUUUUUUUUUUUUUUUUAAUUCCAGAGACACAGAUUUGGGUGGGAGGGGUUCCUCCUCUUCCUCUUCUUCUUUUCAACAGUCUUUUUUUCUGGAAACAAGCAAACAAAACUGUGGUGUUUGAGACUCUCAUUGUGUGUAGGGUUUUAUCUCCCCAACCCACCUUGGAAAAAAAAGAAUGUCAGUGAAAACCUUUUGUGUGUGUUGUUUUAUUUUAUUUUAUUUUUUUUAUGGUCCACGAGUAUGUAUCGUGAACAUUUCUGUAAAGUAAUUGUUCCAGGCACAAACGCUUCAGAUUUUUAAGUGUUUCAAAUAUAUGUAUAUAUUUUUAAAGGGAGGAAAAAUGUAUACUUUUAUUUUUGUCUUGUCUGUUGGCAGUAAAAAGAAAAGGGAGGUUAAUUGGGGAUGUAAUAGGUAGAGCUUUAGAAACAAAACAUUCCCCAGAUAUUUUGUACAGCUUCUAUUCUAACAGUCCACCACCAGUAGGUGAUGUAGCAAGAAAGUGUGAAGUGGUUAGAUUCCUUAAUAAGAAAACUCAUUCGACUGGGAGUGAAAAAACUAAAAGGACCUAGCACAGUAAGGGCAAUAAAAAGAACUUCUAUGAAACUUUCUGCCAGAUUCAGAGCUAACUUAACAUCUAAUCAGACAGGCUGUAUGUUUUUUUAUGGAAGGCCCAUUAACUUCUUCAUUUUAAUUUUAUUUUUUAUUCCUUUUUAUGUCAAGAGGUUGCUACUAAUCCAUAUUGAUGGGAACUUCUAAUGCAACCAUAGCAAGUCUCUCACUUUUGGGGAAUAAAAACUUGCCAAGAAUCCUCCAAAUAGGAUUGAAAAAUGGAGAUUGGAACAAAUUGUGUUGACUUUUUGAAAUCAGUUUUUAAAACUAUGUUUCAUUAUUCACCCCUACCCAUUUCACCUUGCAUUUGGUUGAUGCGUUUUUGGGACAAUUACUUUUAAGAACUCUGAGUAGAUUGUUUAAUAAAACUUUACAAUGGAUUGCUCUUUUUGUAGGUUUUGUGUACAGCCAAAAAAGAAAAAAAGAAAAAAAAAAGACUGAAAGCACUGACUAUAUUUAAAAAAAAAAAGAAAAAAAAGAAAUUUAUUAAAGGAAAAUUUGUAUGAUUUCAGUAAGAAAAUAACAAAAUCCGUCUGAAUGUACAUGUAUAUGUUUAAAAGAAAUCCACCAACCUCCCCCCUACCCUUGUAUCCUAUUUAUUAUAUAAAAAGUUUGCCUUAUAAAUUUACAAGAAACAGUCCUUUCUUUAUGAGUGUCUCAUCUUUUUUAUUUUUAUUUUUUGCUGUUAAAAACAAGCAACUUGAUUUUAUUUUUCCCCUUUGGCAACAAAGAUACUGUGGCAACUGAUUUUAUAUAUGUAAGGUCAUUAAAAGAAGAGAAUUAUAUUUUUAUGUUAAAAAUAGGUUCAAGCCCAGUCUUAGCACUCAGCAUGCAUUCUACACAGUAAUCUAGUUGCAUCUCAUGUUGGUAAGUACUGUAUUCUGUGCUAGAAUUGGAUUAUAAACCUAUGUAAAUGUUACAGAUUUGUUUGAGCCUUUCAUUACCAAGGUAGAUAUGUUCUGCCCUGCCAUUAAAAUAUAAUAUUUUUUUC